AUGAGAAGGCGAAGAUAUGGCUCCUCACCGCUUUCCCAGCCAGCUAGCAACACUGAGACCGAGGCCAGAGAUGUCUUGGAUAUUGGCGAUGGUUCAGUUGCAGUUACACGAUCUUCCCUUCCCUUCCUUUUCGCGGAGGUCUUAGAGCUCCCCCAUAGGUCACGUCAGCUACAGCAUUCACCGGUACCGGCCGCUGCUAGAGUACCAACGGCCUGCUCCGCUAUGCCCGUUGAGAAGCGACAUCAACGACUCGGGAAAUAG